AUGAUCGGGAUCCAUCUGCUUGCGAUCAUCAUAUUAGCCCCUAUCGGAAUGCCGAGAUACUCAAAAGAUAACAUUUCCAAGUGGGAGGAACGUGUAUGCAUAAACAGUGGAAGAAAGUUUUUCAAACCUAAAGUUAGUGGAUCUAUUACACCUGCUGUUGGAAUGCUUUUUAAGUCAUUUGAUGAGGCAUUUGCAUUUUAUCAGAGAUAUGCACUUGCUGCAGGUUUUUCUGCAAGAAAAAAUACCUCUUGGAAAAAUGUUGGUGGUUUAGUAAAAAUAAGAUAUAUUGUCUGUUCAAAAGAAGGAUUUCAUGUUAGCAAAGAAAUAGAUUCUGGUUCAGUUGAGAAUAGUAAAAAGAUUGUUAGACGUAAUAGAGGUUCAAAAAGAGUUGGAUGCAAUGCUCAUGUGAAACUAAUAUUAGAGAACAAUAAUAUGUUUAAAAUCUACUACUUUGAAGAAGAACAUAAUCAUAUCUUUGUUGAAGAUGAAGAUAUUCAUUUCUUACCGGCUGCCAGAAGUAUCGAUUAUGUGAAAGAAAAUUUUAUAUCUGGAUUGUCUGCAAUCAAUAUUGGACCUGUUAAAGCAUUCAAUAUUAUGAAAACAAUGUAUGGUGGUUUUGGUGAAGUUGGAGCUAGUAAAGUUGAUUGUAAGAAUUAUAGAAGGGAUUUGAAUCUUUACAUCGGAGAGUAUGAUGCAGAAAUGGAAUUCACAUUUGGUGGUGCAUUACUUGGUUCGGAGACUGCAGAUUCGUAUAGAUGGCUUUUAAGAUGCUUUGUUAAUGCUUUUGGAAGUGAGCCUAAAGUUGUUGUUACUGAUCAAGAUGCUGCAAUGAAGAGAGCUAUUAAGGAUGUUGGUCCUGUUUUGUCAGCAAACACUGAUUUUAAUACAAGGAUGACUCAUGUUGUUUGGAAUGAUACUAUUAUUCCAGAAGAUUUUGAAACUGAGUGGCAUUCAAUAAUGUCUACUUUUGGAUUGGAAAAUCAUGAGUGGUUAAAAGACAUGUACGAUCUUCGAUUUGAUUGGAUUCCUGCUUAUUACCAUGGAGAGGAUUUGGCUGGGCUUAUGCGUGCUACGUCAAGAUGUGAAAGCGAGAAUUACUUCUUUGGUCAGAUUUGCAAUCCAAGAUGUACACUUGUUGAAUUUUUCACUCAUUUUGAGACUGCAAUGGAUAUUCAAAGGCAUGAGCAUAGGAGGAAUGAUCAUGAUACAAGGUAUAUUGAGUGUAAACCCUGGAGUGACUUUGUAUUGGAGAAACAAGCAUCAGAAAUAUAUACCCAAACAAUUUUUAAGGAUAUUCAGAUUGAAAUUGAUGCUGCUAUUACAAAGUGUAUGUCAAAGUCUGUUGAUACUGUGGGUGAUGUUCAAUAUUUUGAAAUAAAGGAUUUCAGACAGCCAUGCACUUCUUUUUUCAAGGUGCAAUACAGCAAAGAAGAAGAUGGUUUAAGUAUAAGUUGUUCUUGUAAACGGUUUGAACAAUUUGGUAUAUUGUGCCGCCAUAUAUUUUACGUAUUACGGUAUGAGGAUAUAAGUGAGUUUCCUAGAAGAUAUGUUCAUAGAAGAUGGAUGAGAGAUGUUGUUUCAGUGGGAUCAAAUCAUUCCAAUAUUCGAUUUGAUGGAAUUUGUAGGAAUAGUGAAAUUGAUAAAGUUUAUAGAGAAAUCGUUGUUGCAAAUGAGUAUGUGGUUAAUAGGCUGGUUGGCGAUUUAGAUGAACUGUGUCGUUACAGGGAUCAUAUUAAAAGUUAUAUUGAUAAAGCGGAUGAGGUUAUGGUUGCUGUGCCGCCUCCUAGUCGCAAAGAAAGAUUUGCUGAUAUUGGAGGGAACAUAGAAAAAUCAGAUUCUAUGAUUCGUGUCCCGAUCAAAGUAAGGACCAAAGGAUGCGGUGUACAAAAAAGGAUCAAGUCUAAUCGUGAGAUUGCAAUUCAGAAAUCAUCAAAGAUCCAGAAAUCGUGUCGUGUAUGUGGUGGAAAAGGACUUAACAGUCGAACAUGUAAAGAUAAGGUUUCUUCUAAUGCUAUAGGUUCUAGCAAUGCAAUGUAA